AAAUGUGUUGUAUGUUGCGGUCCUCUUUUUUGUAGGUUAGUAGGUUUUGUAAGUUAGGUUGUUUCAUGGUGAAUAUUUUUAUUUUAAAUCAAUUUUAGACUUUACGUCAAUUACAAAUUUUUAUACCAUAUAACCACGAAAAAAAGUCGUCCAGUAGGCCAUGAAAUUUAUUUUUAAAAUAGUGUUGUUGGCAUUGCUGCUAUUUGACAGUAACUGUGUGAGGCAUUGUUUUAGCCAACAUAAUUUUUAAUUAAAUUUUAAUGCUCUCUGUGCUCAAAAAUGUGUCUGAUUUGUGCAUUUUGCUAAAUAUUACGUUUAUGCUUAAAGAUGAAAAGGUUUAUUUAGCACGUAUUUGACGUAUGUUAAAUGCAACAUGUGGAACUAUGCAAUCUGUGGUUAUAGGAUAUUCGUUUUCAACGAAAACUGUCAAAUUUGACAUCAAAGACGAUUCUAAAAAGUCUCUUAGUGAAUGUUGCUUUUAUAUGAUUCAGAACAACGGAAUAAAUACGUGAAAUCUGAGAAAAUUAUUAUUAUAUACGCGGGUUUGAGCCGAUCUAUGGAAACGGUGACAACUCGACCUUUUAUGUUGACGACGAAUGUUUUCGCCGAUCGCCUUACGACUCUGUACCGACCGUCGUAUGGCUGUUGAAGCGGCUGCUUGGGACCAUCGCGUCUUGGCGUACAAAAACUUGUUCGGAGGUGGCGAGAUUUUUGAAAACGAAGGUCUUCUUUGUUCCGUGUCGCGUUCCAUCACAUGGUUUCAAGUUACGCACGUGUUAACGUAAUUCUUUGACGAAGCUUGCGGUGUUGUCUGCGCUGUUUUGGGAUUGAUAACGACGCCGUACUGUUUUAAACGCUGAAAUACAGUUUCCAAGCGCUGGCGGUGUUCUUCUGGUGAUGCGGAUGCGACGAGGAUGUCGUCGAUAUAAUUAUGCGUAGCAAAAAUCGAGACUGCAGCACCUCGUCCAUGAAUCGCUGGAACGUCUGCGCUGCGUUUCGUAAGCCGAACGUCAUAAAUUGAAAUUCAAACAAGCCAAAUGGGGCAGUCUUCGGAACGUCUUCUUCUGCGACCGAGAUCUGGUUGAAUGCGCGUACCAGAUCUAUCGUUGAAAAUGUGAUUUUGUCGUGUAAGGAUUGCACAAAAUCUUGGAUGUGCCUCACCGGGUACCUUCGGGGCAGGUUCUCGCGUUGAGGGCACGGUAAUCCCCUCCAUUCGUCGCCCUUUUUGGGCACCAUGUGAAGCGGUGAAGACCAUGAACUUUGGGAAGGACGGAAUUGUUUUCUUGCUGCCGGAGUCUGUCGGGCGCGAGUCUUCGGGGACGUUGCGCAAUGAGAGGGCCCGACGUAGUUACGAUGUGGUGGCGGGUGGAAUGUUUCACCAUCUUAGGGGUUCCGUCUGUGCGUGUGACAUCGGGAAACCGUUGGAGGAGUUCCUACAAAUCAAAUCAUUUAUAUGUCUGCAUGACGACCAAUAAAAAAUUGCAUUUCGGGGAUACUUUGCACUAUUGCAAAAUUAUCAGAUUUGAUAUUUAGUUGAAACUUAUAAAUAAUAAGACCAAUUUCAAAUGUUUAUUUACAAUUGUCUUUAAGGGACAAUUAUUACGUGCACAAACAAUUAAGGAGACUUAUACUUCAAAGUUUCUGUCCUGUACAUAUGAACAUACAAUCUCUGUGUUUUUUCUAAUACACUGAAUUAAAAAUUGUGACAAUGUGACAUGCACCCGGGAUAUUAGUAUUGAAAGUUCAAUACAACAUAAACAUUAUUUAGUUCGUCGUCUUCGUUGAUUCGUUAUUAAAGUCUCUUUAGUCUGUACCACGGUGGUAUGCAUAGGGUGGUAUGUCCGUGCUCUCUCCAAUCCCUUAAAAAAAUUGACAUAUGAUGGAGAUAGAGAAAGGGAUCUGUAAUGCCGGCUGAAUGUCUAUAUUCGGAAUGGAAAGAAGCUAUAGGGGGAGCUACGCAAAAACAGUAUGGUGGCCGAUAUCGGGAUAAAGCGUGUUUGUUGUUUACAUUGUGACAACGUGUUGUUUCGAUAGUUCUAUUUCACGUUGGUUCAUUGUGAUACCAGUUCAAAAUGACUGAAAAAAGGCGCAACAAAAGUAACAAUUAUUGUUGUGUACCAAUGUGCAACACAUAUUAUUCAAAGGAAGUAUCAUUUCACAAGUUUCCAAUGAAGAAUAAGCUGAUACUUCUUGAAUGGGUCAGGGUUCUAAAAAUUGGAAAGAAAGUUACGAAAAACAUGCAAGUUUGUAAUAAACAUUUUCGGGAUGAAGAUUAUUUUUUCAAUCGACGUCUUCACUGUCAAGCAUAUAAGUUGAAACAAAAUGUAAUACCGACACAAAAUCUGCCAAAAGGCUCGCAUGAAAGAAAACUUAAUAAAUACCUGAGAAUGGAGAGGCAGCGAAGAUCUGUAAAUCGUGAAAAGAAUAAAAAGAUAAUUAUAUGCGAUCAAUUAUCCAGCAACAUUGCUACUAACCUUGAAGAAUUUAGACAAGUCCCGAAUAAUAUAACGUAUAAUAGAAACGAAAUGGAGACUGCGGAAACCUUAAUAUCUUUGGGACAAACAAAUCCUUCAGAAAUCAUCUGUACAAAUAAUGAUACGCCCAAAAUAAAAGAAUAUCUUGAUAAAGGUGUCCAGUGCAAUACUGAGAAAUUUAAUAAAUUUGAUGUGUCGGACAUCGUAAAUUCAGAUUAUAAAUUGAUAUUUUUAACAGAAAUACACAAUAUGGCUUUGCUGAAUGUAAUGUCUCCAGAUAGCGGUAAUAAAUAUGACUGAAGUUAAUAAUAAUGCAAAUAAUAGGUAAAAAAGUCAAUUUGUAAACGUACAACAAGGUGCCUUAUGUGUUUGCACUUAUCCUUCCCUACCUUACAACUAUAUUUUCGAAAAUAUGUAUUAAGUAUAAAUGUUCAAAUUUUGUCUGGUAUCGUUACCUCCAAAAUACUCCAAAAUGAAUUUAGAUUUCGUGAGGCACUGCUGCAAUUUUCGAUGCCCUUCAAAUCCGCAAUUGCUAAUUAGGUUUGUCAAAUAAAGUUCUUCGGUCUUGCACGUAACUGUAUACAUAUAUUGCUUAUUGAAAUCAAAAUUAUAAGUAACAACGAAAUAAACCACCGGCUUUCGGGUUGUCGUAUUUGACAUAAUUUGACAUACCCAUAUGUAAAGACGUACAGUUAAAUCCAUAAGCUUGUAACCACUCGUUAAAUUGUAAGGUUGGCAUUACAGCCAAUGGUGUUUUGCACAUGAACAGAUUGGUAACGGCGCAUGUGUCAAAAUUUGACAAUUACGCACGAAAGAGUUUUAUUUAAAUAUCUCACAGUUUGUUAUUAAACCAUAUCAUUGAAAAAUUGUACCAACACGGCAUAUUGUGAUAAAUAAGUAGAUGAAAAUGGCACUUGCCAACUGCCACAAUGAAUUGAAACUUGCUUAUCCCCAAGCAUCCUCCCGAGAACUUGAAUUCAAGCUUGUAAAAAUCUUUUCAGUAUGUAGUUAUUCUUAUACCAUGGAAAGAGAGUACUCUACUAUGAGAGUAACGUAUCGACAUUCGGAACUUUUUUCAUGUUAUUACAACAUGGUGGUCUGUCGAAGGACUUUUAGUUUUAACUACCUCAAGUUGAAAGUGUAUAUCUCGCUUUUUAGUACAUUGUCUUUUCAAGUUUUAUACCCACUCUUUAUAUCCUACACAAUACAACUAAAUGUCCCUCAUUAAAUUCAAGCAUUGCAUACUUUCCCUGUAAACUUAUCAUUAAUUGCUAUCCUUUCCAUAGUGUUCCCGAUGUCAAGCCCACAAAAUUAUAACCCAACACCAAUCUCUAGAACCGUUACAAGAAGCAAAGUGGAAACCAAAACAAAAAUCGCAGUGGUAUUCAAAUUUGGAAUUUAAAGAAGAUCUAACCUACCGUAUAUUUGACAAAAACAAAAAAAAUGAGUUUUUUUACUCUUCAGGAUUUGUUUAUUUUUGCGAAAGAACAUCCAGAAUAUACAGCAAGUUUAAAUACUUUACGUCGAGUAUUAAAAUCCAUGGGAUUCAGAUUUAAGAAAGUUAACAACAGAAAAAUAAUUGCUUUUUGGUUAUUUGGUCUAUGUGUUCCCAAUGUUUCUAACCACUCCUGUAACAGUAAGUUUAAAUAAGCAGUCAAAUUAUUUUCAACAUACUUAUUAUUUUAGCCUCUGAAUUUUGUGAUGUUAUAUUUUUUUCAUUAUUACCACUAAAAUCCUCAGGACGGAGGAGCAUAGCCAGACCUAUCGCCUUCAACCAAAUUCCUUGUACAUUUUGUAAAUAAUAAGUAGUACCAAAUAUUAGAGUUAUUAAACAUAACAUUAAAGACUU